CCCUACUCGAUGCGAGAGCGCGAGCCGCGCGCUCCCGUCAUCCGCGUCGCCAUCUUUUUCCCCCUCCGUCUGUCUGUCUGCUGUUGGCUUUGUCUGUCUGCCGCGCGGCCCCUCGCCUACCCGCCGCCGGCCCGGCGCGCUGCCACCCUCUGCCCGCCGGGUCCGGGUCCCAGGGAGCCUCGGCCGGGCCAGCGCGAGCUGCAGCCCGGGCCCAUUGUCCCGCGGUCUGUCUGUCCGGAGGCGGGGCCCGAGACGCGGAGCGCGGAGGCUGCGGAUUCACAUCACUCGGAUUCAGGCGAGUUUACUUUGCUCCGUGGGAACCUCACCAGAGUUGGAGGUCUGAAAAGAACUGUGUUUGGUAUGCAGAUAUGAUAGAAGACUGCCUGAAAGCUGCUUCCUUUGCCACUUCCUGUGGAGGCCUGUCUUUGCCAUUUGCGGUUUCUUUCUUUUGGUCAGUACCUUACAAGGAGGUGGUGACAUAUCCAGUGGUGAAGCUGGGGACGAGCAGAGCUUUUGGAUCAGGGAAACAUGUCCCGUAGGAAGCAGACAAAUCCAAAUAAAGUUCACUGGGAUCAAGUAUUUGCUGGGCUAGAGGAACAAGCCCGACAGGCGAUGAUGAAAACGGAUUUUCCUGGAGACCUUGGCAGUCAGCGACAAGCUAUCCAGCAACUAAGAGAUCAGGACUCCAGUAGCAGUGACAGUGAAGGUGACGAAGAAGAGACCACGCAAGACGAAGUGUCUUCCCACACAUCAGAGGAAGAUGGUGGGGUAGUCAAAGUGGAGAAAGAGUUAGAGACUGCAGAGCAGCCUGUUGGUAGUGGGAAUGAAGUAGAGCAUGAGGUCACAGAAAACCUAAAUUCUGACCCCUUGCUUGAACUCUGCCAGUGUCCCCUCUGCCAGCUAGACUGUGGGAGUCGGGAGCAGCUGAUUGCACAUGUGUACCAGCAUACUGCUGCAGUGGUGAGUGCCAAGAGUUACAUGUGCCCUGUCUGUGGACGGGCCCUUAGCUCCCCAGGGUCUUUGGGUCGCCACCUCCUAAUCCAUUCGGAAGACCAGCGGUCUAACUGUGCUGUGUGUGGAGCCCGUUUUACUAGCCAUGCCACUUUCAACAGUGAGAAACUUCCUGAAGUACUUAAUAUGGAAUCCCUACCCCAAGUCCACAGUGAGGGCUCCUCCAGUGCUGAAGGAAAGGACAUUGCCUGUAGUCCUCCAGUGUACCCUGCUGGAAUUCUGCUUGUGUGCAACAACUGUGCUGCUUACCGUAAGCUACUGGAGACACAGACCCCAAGUGUACGCAAGUGGGCCCUCCGUCGCCAGAAUGAGCCUUUGGAAGUACGGCUACAACGACUUGAACGAGAACGCACAGCCAAGAAGAGUCGGCGGGACAACGAGACCCCAGAGGAGCGGGAGGUGAGACGAAUGAGGGACCGUGAAGCCAAGCGCCUGCAGCGCAUGCAGGAGACAGAUGAGCAGCGAGCUCGGCGGCUACAGCGAGACCGCGAGGCCAUGAGGCUGAAGCGGGCCAAUGAAACCCCAGAGAAGCGGCAGGCCCGACUCAUUCGAGAGCGCGAGGCUAAGCGGCUCAAGAGGAGACUGGAGAAAAUGGACAUGAUGUUGCGAGCCCAGUUCGGUCAGGACCCUUCUGCCAUGGCAGCCUUAGCAGCCGAAAUGAACUUCUUCCCACUGCCUGUUAGUGGGGUAGAGCUGGACAGCCAGCUGCUGGGUAAAAUGGCCUUUGAAGAACAGAACAGCAGCUCUCUGCACUGAACCACACCCUCCUGCCUGACCUUCCAUCCACUCCAGCCCACAAGGAUUGGUGCUGCGGGCACCCAGGAGGCCACAGUCCUUGCUGCCACAGGCAGGUCCGGGUUGGUUGCAGGGAAACCUGUGCACCCUCUGCAUGUGGGAACAGGAUGGGGUCUGGAGGGACCUGCAUCAGUGCAGCUCUGGACAAGGGAGCAGGCACUCCAGAAACCUGGACUUUUCAGCCAACAGUGGCAAGCCAGGGUUAUGUGACUGUAGGACCCAGUACAGUCCAUGAAGCUAUGAGGGCAAAUAAAUUAAUUUUAUCUUUACUGACCCUUUGCUCUUUAAGUCUCAUUCGUUUCAUCUAGUGAUGUGUAGUAGGAGAGAGUUUGAUGGGGAUAUUUUAAGUAGUGGGGUUUUUUUCCCCCUGGAGACAGGGUUUCUCUGUGUAGCCCUGGCUG